GAUUCUGCAAACUUCAAGCACAACAAGGCGCAGUGGCGGGCCGAUGCUCUUCCUUUCAAAUGUGCAGAUCGCACCGGUGCGAUUUCUCAUGCGCGGCAGACGCUGACAAUCGAAAGUGACAUGAAAGCCGAGCGCAACCUCAGCGGCAGGAAGGUCAAUAAGCUCACGAAGAAGCGCCACGCGCACUACAUGGACAGGAAGGGGGGCAUGGAGCUCGACGUGGCGGAAGAUAACUUCGAGGACCUCUUCGAGGGGAGCCCCCUCUACAAUUCGGGCGGCGAGGAGGUGGUGGAGGCCAUGGGGGACAGCUGCGACGUCCGUGAGAAGGGCACCGAGAUCAACAAAGGGAGCCUGGCGAAAACGGUGCGCUCCUCAAGCUCGGAGAGGCAGCGGCUCGGCGGCGAAGAUAAAGGAGAACGCGUGGUGGCCCUCCAAGAGAAAGAGGACAUGGGGAAGCGCCUCAGCGACAUGAUGAAAUCCUUGACUGGCGCCAAGAGCGCGACCGCAAAGCUGAAGAAGUUGUGGGACAAGCACCGUGCAGAGGUUGACGCCCCGAGGGUCUGCGGUGAGAUAGUCGAGGAGCUCGAGGCCGCGAGCAAGGCGAUCAACGAAUUGCAGGUGGUUGUCAGCAAGAGUGCCCCUGAGAAGGUGAACGAGUACGGCGACAAGCUCAGCGCGUAG